AUGACUGACGGAACUCGUCGAAUCCUAAAAGAAACAUCAAAUAUGGGCGAUGAUUCCGACGCUGAUAUUAUAUCGCCUAAUGUCACGCAGUUUUGGUAAGUCUUAUCAUACUCUACUAUGUCCUUACCAAAGCCAUACCUUGCCUCAGGCUUACUAUACUCUACCCCAGACUUGCCAAAGUCCUACCUUUACCAUAUCCUAUCCAGCCCUACCUUACCCUAUGAACCAUACUCUACCCACCCUUACCGUAUACCUGCCUAUUCUUACUACCAUUCCAGACUACAGUAUGCCCCUUUUAAAACUACAGUAUUCACCCAUAUAUAAUUUCAGGAUAAACAUUUAUGUGUACGGUGGUGGAUCAGUUCUCAUACUUCUCUUAAUAAUUGUCUACUGCAACUUCUGCUGUCGCUAUCGGAAACAAAAAAUGGCCGAAGUAAUACAGAUCAAGCCCAAGGUCAAAGUGGAGCCGAACGUGAUGGACUACGAGUCCAAACCUGCUGGCACGCCACGCAGCACGAGUCGAAUGGACCGUCCAUCCCGUUUCACACCCAAUGCACUAUCACCGUUGGGCUCGGUAUCUCGGAUGGGCAUGUCGAGCAACAUUUCCGGCCGAAGUAGAUCAAUGAUGGGCGAAUCACGGUUGAGCGGAUCACGAUUGAGCGGAUCACGGUUAGGCGGAUCAACAGCUCCACAAGCCUGGGGAGGACACCGAACCCCUUCAAGCUAUAAUGCCAGUCAGAAGCCGUCGUUGGAGUCAAUGGACGAGGAAUCCAAGAUCCUACAAGACAUCAACAAUCAUAUCACUACAUCAACAUGUGUCAGUGAAACCAGAGAAUCGGGUAAAGGUGGUCAUAGUAAAGAGGAUGCGAAGAAAGAUGGCAAAAAGAAGCAGAAGAAAAAGCAUAAGCCUAAUAAGUCAAAAGAAGAUGUGAAGCCUAGAAAGUCAAGGAGAGACGCUAAGCCUAAGAAGUCAAGAAAAGAGAAAAAGCCUAGGAAGUCAAAGGAAGACGUCAGGACUAAGACGGCAGAAGAAAUCAAGUCUGAAAUGCCAGAUGAAGCUAAGCCUAAAAAGAAAAAAGGCAGUCGUGAGAAAACAGAAGACAUUAAGAAUGAAAGCCCAGGAGAUUAUAAGCCUAAAAAGUCAAGAAAAGAGAGAAAGUCUAGGAAAUCUAAGGAACAUGUUAAGCCUAAGAAUCCAGAAGAGGAGAAAGCAGAUAAUGAAGAUGCUCAUAAGCCUAACACUCUAACAGAUGAUGUUAAGCCUAAAACUCCAACAGAUGAUCAUAAGCCUAAAAAGUCAAGAAAAGAGAGAAAGUCUAGGAAAUCCAAGGAACAUGUUAAGCCUAAGAAUCCAGAAGAGGAAAAAGCAGAUAAUGAAGAUGCUCAGAAGCCUAACACUCCAACAGAUCAUGUUAAGCCUAAAACUCCAACAAAUGAAGUUAAGCCUAAAACUCCAACAAAUGGUGAUAAGCCUAAAACUCAAAAAGAUGAUGAUAAGCCUAAAUCUCCAAAAGAUAAUGAUAAGCCUAAAACUCCAACAGAUGAUCAUAAGCCUAAAACUCAAAAAGAUGAUUCUAAGCCUAAGAAGUCAAGGAAAGGAAAAAGGUCUAGGAAAUCCAAGGAAAAUGUUAAGCCUAAAAGUUCAAAAGAAGGAAAGUCCAGCAACUUGGAAGAGGACGCCACUCUUAUGAAGACUGAAAACGAUGCUAGGCCAGAAAAGUCUAGGAUACAGAAAUCCAAAGGCUCUAAAGAAACCUUUAAGCCUAGAGGUUCAAAAGAAGAUCAGAAGCCUAGCAGUUCGAAAACUUAUAAGCCUAGAGGGUCAAAAGAAGGUUCUAAGCGUCAAGGAUCAAGAAAAAGUCACAAUUCUAGAGGAUCAAAAAGAGAAUAUAAGCCUAGAGGAUCAAAAGAAGGUUCUAAGUCUAGAAUAUCGAAAGCAGAAGACCUUAAAGACAAAUUAAAGAUGAAUGACACUUCAAAAGUAGACUCAUACGCACCGACCGGUUAUCCAGAAGAAUUGAAAUCAGCAAUGAGCGACGCCACCCAGGAGUAA